AUGUCAUCAUCACCAUCACCAUCGUUUCUUGAAUAUGCACAUUUUACAUUAUCGAAACAACGUUGGUAUAUGGAUCAUCUCUUACCUGAACAUUUGAUUCGUAUUGUAUGGUGUUUAAUUUUAAUGUGUAUCUAUGCUCUUGUUGAACUUGAUUAUUUGCCUGGUAAACAAUGGAAAAUUCGUAAAGAUUUGCAUACAUCAUCACAAGAAAUUAUAUACUACAUUAAAUCAUCAGCUCUCAAUAUGCUUAAAUGGCAUGUCGGUCCAUUGAUAGUGUACGAAAUAUUGUUACAUAAGUCAAGUUUACACGUGUACGAAGCACCAAGUUGGUGGACACUGUUAUGGAAAUCAGUAGGUUAUACCAUCAUCUUUGAUGUAUUAACACAUUUAUUUCAUCAUGUUACUCAUCUUCAUCCACGUGUUGCUUGGUUCUUCCAUCGAAUACAUAUGAAACAUCAUGCUAGUUGUCAAAGAUAUGUUUAUUCUUGGAAUGGUUUUUAUGCUAGUGCGUUUGAAUGUUUUGCCGGAAUGAUGUUCUUCUUAGGAGCCAUGAUUCCACUACAAAUGGAUCCUUUAACUCGUCUUGUAUCUAUUCUAUUUAUUCAUUUUUCGGCAACAAACCUUCAUUCAGGCUAUGAUUUUCCAUGGAUGUUUCAUAAUUGGGGUUCUGUGAGUCGGUAUGUAUGGCACGGUUCAAUUGGUCAUUAUUAUCAUCAUCAAGUUGGUAGAAAGAAUUUAUCAACUUUUUGGACAUUUCUUGAUCGAUGGUCUGGAACUUAUUAUGAUCUUGCAUCUCAUCCUCCAACUCAUCCUAAUGAGUUUAUAUAUCAACGAAAAAAAAUUUGUUAUUAA